AUGAUGACCAUGGUGCUGCGCCUGCUCUCCGUCGCUGGUAAGAGUUUGCUCUCUGGUGAUGAAACCUCUUUCAACGCGGUGGAGCGGGUCGGCAGUUACGCCGAUAUCCGCCCCGAAGCGCCCUCCAUCAUUCUGAGCCACCGCCCGCCGCCCGGGUGGCCGGAGCAGGGGGAGGUGUUAUUUGAGGACGUGGUGAUGCGGUACAGGCCGGACCUGCCGCCUGUGCUGAGAGGGCUCAGUGCCUUGGUGAAAGGGGGAGAGAAGGUCGGCGUGGUGGGGCGGACCGGCGCAGGCAAGUCGUCGCUGUUCAACUCGCUCUUCCGAUUGGCCGAGAUCGAGAGCGGGCGCAUCUGCAUCGACGGUCAGGAUCUGAAGCUGUUUGGAGUGACGGACGUGCGCCGUGCGCUCAUGAUCAUCCCUCAGACGCCUGUGCUCUUCACUGGCACGCUGCGGUUCAAUCUGGAUCCGUUCAGCGAGCGCAGCGACGGGGAGGUGUGGGAGGCGCUGGGGAGGGCGCACCUGAGGGAGGUGGUAUCUCGCAUGCCGCUGGGGCUGGACACAGAGGUGAGCACAAGGGAAGGGAAAAUAUCUGUAGCGAGAGAUGGUAGUACCAAGGUGAUGCCUGAGGAAGGUGGUGUCUCUCAUGCCCCUGGGGCUGGACACAGAGAGGGAGGGGAGAACUUCAGCGUGGGGCAGAGGCAGGUGAUCAGCCUGGCACGGGCGCUGCUCAAGGAGUGUCGCAUUCUGGUGCUGCCCUUCCCCCAGUCCGACCUGACCCCCACAAUCCCCUGCUUUCUCCUGCCACACAUGCAGGUAGCAGAGGGCGGGGAGAACUUCAGCGUGGGGCAGCGGCAGCUGAUCAGCCUGGCACAGCCGCUGCUGUUUAGAGAGUCAUCGAUUUCCCUCCUUCGAUUGUCUCUUCACUCUCCCCUUCAGGUGGCAGAGGGAGGGGAGAACUUCAGCGUGGGGCAGCAGCAGCUGAUCAGCCUGGCGCGGGCGCUGCUGAAGGAGUCGCGCAUUCUGGUGCUGGAUGAAGCGACGGCAGCCGUUGAUGUGGGCACGGAUGCUCUGAUCCAACGGACGGUGCGCGAGGAGUUCAAGGGGCGCACCAUGCUCACCAUCGCUCACCGGCUCAACACCAUCAUGGAUAGCGACCGGAUCCUCGUCAUGGAUGCUGGCAUGGCUCUCGAGUACGAUACCCCAGCCAACCUAGUGUUGAACGAGGCCAGUGUGUUUGCAGCCAUGGUGCGCAGCACGGGGCCUCAGACCGCCAAGUAUCUGCGCAGUGUGGCGCUGGGGGAGGUGGCGCUAGCAGACGAGCUUGCCGGCCGGGCGGCGGCGCAGGAGAAGCAGAUGGCGCACGAGGCGGCCAAGUGGCGAUGGGCCACUGCCGCCCAGUGGGCCCUGGCUCUCACGCUCACGUCUUCCCAGAGGGACCUGCAGGUGGGUGCCACAGAGAGAGGCGUGUUAGAAGAGACAAGGGAUGCCGCCCAGGUGCUGCAGGCGGUGCUGUCGGGGCAGCGCAGCGAGGAGAUCUCGUCAGCGCUGACGAGGCGACAGCUGUCAGCCGUGACAGCCGGCUGCCUAGCCCUCAUGGCGAAGCAGGUGCAGGCGAAGCUCGAGGCAGACAGCAUUCCCACUCCCAAUUCAAUCUGCAACACCUGUAGACCCCUCAUGGCGAAGCAGGUGCAGGCGAAGCUCGAGGCGGACGGCAGUCUGCGGGACUCCGCCAGCUCAGCAGGGGCGGCGGCGGGCGGCAGGUGGGCGCAGCUGGUAGCAACGGGAGAGGAGAUGGCGGGCGGGAGAGUUGUGUGA